AUGGGUGUCCAGGUGGAUCCAACUCCGGCUCCAUCCCCUCCCGGCCCACUCAAGUGGCUUUUGCCUCAUGAGCAGGGAAUAGGGAUCUACCUCCGGGACACUGGGACCAACAACGUGGCCCAAAUUGUCCCUGACAGCCCUGUCUGGCUCCCGCCCGGCGCUGCCGUUUGCAUCCCGCGGGAUGACACUCGGCUUCACUCGGCUCGGCAGCGGUUCCUGCUGCCCGAGGAGGAGGAGAAGCAGAUGGAAAACCGGCUUAAACGUUCCCGGCGGGAAGUCCAUUGCCAACCACGGACUUGCCAGGGCCCAGCCGAGCCACAGGAUUACUGGAGGAAAGAGCCCCUGGCAGGGCCCGAGUCGUCCCGCAGGUUCCACCGCGGGGACUACACGGUGGAGGUGAGCAUCAACGACUACCUGGACAUCUACUGCCCGCACUACGAGGAGCCGCUGCCCGAGCGCAUGGAGAGGUACAUCCUGUACAUGGUGAACUACGAGGGCCACGCGUCCUGCGACCACCGGCAGCGCGGCUUCAAGCGCUGGGAGUGCAACCGCCCCGACUCCCCCAACGGGCCCCUCAAGUUCUCCGAGAAGUUCCAGCUCUUCACCCCCUUCUCGCUGGGGUUCGAGUUCAGACCCGGCCACGAGUACUAUUACAUCUCUGCAUCCCCCCCGAACAUGGUGGACAGGCCCUGCCUGAAGCUGAAGGUUUACGUUCGGCCAACGAACGAUUCCCUCUACGAGUCCCCGGAGCCCAUUUUCACCAGCAACAACUCCUGCUGCAGCCUCAGGGUCCCUCCGGCCGCGCUGGCGGUGGUGCCGGUCGUCUGGACGCUCCUGGCCUCGUAGCCCGACCCCGACGCGCCGGGAGCGGCUCCGCGGGGCAGGAGCAGCCCGGGCACGGAUCCUGCCCACCCCGAACCGCCCGGAUGGUGCCUGGGGAGGUCACUGGUGCUGCCGGCGAGGAUCCUGCCGCCACGGGAAGUCCCUGUCCUGGCACAGUCAUCCCUUCGGGAGCGGUGCCGGGCUGUCCCGCGGGAUGGAUCCCGGCUCCCAUCCCUGUCCCGCAGCUCAAGCUCCGGCCGUCCCGGUCGGGCAUCGCUUUUUACAUUUCUAGACCAAAUACAGAGUCCUCGUCCGUUGGUUUUUUUCUUUUUUUUUUUUUUUUUUAAGAAAAAAAAAAAGUUUUUUCUUUUUCUUUUUGGGGUUUUUUCCGGCCGGGCCCCCCCCCCCCAGGCCAGACUGACCUGCCUGGGGCCAGGCUCAGCCCCCGCCCGGUGGAGCCUCCGGAUUGCCGGGACCGCCGGACACAGCGAUGGUGCCAACGGCUCCGUGGGCACGGACUCCUUCCCAGCCCGGCCACAGGAUGUCACAGAGCCUGUCCGGACACCCCUGGACACCCCUGGACACGAGGGGUCUGGACAGACACAGCCCCCCUGGGGGGGUCACCCCGUUCCCUUCACUCGUGCCACAGAUGGCACCAGUGUCCCCAUGGAACACUGGGACAGCUCCAUGAACAGCAGAGGAAACUGGAUACAGCCGAGGGGAGCACCGGGAACGGCCGGCAGAGAGCACUGGGAUGGCCCGUGCUGGGAGAGCAGCGGGAAUGGCCGGCUGAUACCGGGAGCACUGGAAUGGGUGGCAUGGAGAGCACCGGGAAUGGCCGGCAGGAAGAGCAGUGGGGAUGUCUGGCUGCCACAGGGAGCACCGGGAAUGGCGGGCACAGAGAACGCCAGGGACGACUGGGACUGGGAGCACCGGGAACGGCCGGCACCGAGAGCACGGAGGAUGGACGGCACUGGAGAUGGCUGGCACUGAGAAUGGCCAGCACUGGGAGCACCAGGAACAGCUGGCACUGAAAAUGGCCGGCACUGGGAACACCGGGAAUGGCCGGCUGGUACGGGAAGCACCGCCGGGCGCUGGGAGCCGGCGGGCCGGGCUCGCCCAGCCGUGGGCAUCAUUCCAAGGGCAUUUGUCCGGCGCCGGGGCUGGAGCCCCCGCCGGAGCAGGGCUGAGCUCGCCAGGGCAGGAGGAGGCUGUGCCAUGGAUUUUCCUCCUCUGCUCUGCACCGUGUCCCCCCAAUGCCUUGGGGGUCCAAGAGUCCCCCCAGGGGGGCCACAUCCAUCGUGGUGCUCCCCAUGGUCCCCCCUUUGCCCCCCGACAUUCCGGGGUUGGGCUUGGGGAUUUUUCCCUUUUCCUUUGCAUUAAUAAGCAAAACCCCCCAAAACCCCCUGAUCCGAGGUUGGCCCUGACCCCAGGGGUGGCAGGUCCCCAGGGAGGGGUCCCCCCGCAGCCCCGGGGUCUGACCCCUCCUCGCCUUAAAUCUGGGGCUGUCCCACCUGGGGGGGUCCCCUGCCUGUCCCACAGAGCCCCCCCCUAUUCCCCAGGGGGUUGGUGGUCCCGGGGGAUGCCGGUGGUGGGCUCAGACCCAGCCGCAGCCCCCCAUUCCGAGUGGAUCCCGGCCCUUCCCGAGGGCUCCGUCCCUGUACAUACAGCGCUAUACUGUGAGCGGUUUUUUUUAUGUAUUGUUGAGAAUGGAUUUUAUGGAAGGGUUUAUCUUAUUUUUAUUUUAUUUUUAUUUUUUAGACUAGGAAGCUGGAAUCUCGCAAUAAGCUCAUCUCGACCAUCCAAAAAAAAAAAACAAACAAACAAACAGAUAAAAAAAAAAAAC